AGCUGCCGAGGGGGAAGAGAGAGGGCUGUACGGCGAGAGAGCAGGGCACAGACACACACACAAAGGGAUAUUGGAGGUGUGAUCAUGGGCAUCAAAUUGUACUACACCACUGUAACGGCUUCAAGGGAGGUGAAGUCCCAGCAGGCGGAGAUCAUGCGCAUCUUGGAGAGCAAGAGCAUCCAGUUCGAGCUGAUUGACAUCUCGGUGGGUGGGGACGUAAGGGACGAGAUGAGGUCCAAAUCAGGAAACCCUACUGCCGUACCUCCACAGAUAUUCAACGAGGACCAGUACUGUGGGAAUUACGAGAUGUUCGCAGAAGCCGUGGAGGACGACAAGGUGGAGCAGUUUCUCAAGAUGGCGUGAGGGCCAGCUGCAUUCUGUAGCAUUCCACCCUAGCUCCCAUCACCCCCCGAGAAACCUCGUCCCAAAAGAUGGAGGCACGUCUCAGCCAAGGCCUGCUGGCGCUGUCACCCUGGUACCCCACCCUCCAUCCCCCAUCCUCUUCCCCCUCCACCACAUUUUCAUCUCAAUGCCAUGAUACAUGCCAAAUGCCAACCAAUCAGAAAAGCACAUGUUUGCAAUCCCAACAUGCAACACAAUCGGUUUAAAAGUCACCGAAAGAACCACUUUUUGGAAUGGUUGUUUAGUACAUUUUGUAAACUUAAAAACGUUUGUUUAUUUGUUUGUCAACCCCUCAUUUUAUUGCUCUGUCAUUUUCCAGUCUGGUACUUCUGCUUCUGAUGUGUAUGAUGUAUGUGCAUGUCACUAAUUCGUCUUAAUGUAAUUGGGAUCAGAUUAGGAAGGUGCGAUACGAUAUGUAGGUAAUGAGGUCGUCUAAUCUGGGUGGGGCCACAGCACACAUACUCAGAUUAACCUCAGAUUAUUUGAAACAACAACAACAACACAAAUUCACAAGGAUCUGUGGUCUUUGAUCUUGAUGAACUCUGGACCAAAACAACUAAGAUGAAUACUUAAUCAUCACUGUAGUCUUAAGUGAAUAUUGUUUUCUUUAAUAUUGUUUUCCCCUUUUGAUGGCCUUCAGAUUCCCAUGUUUUAUCACCACUGAAGAUAUUUUCAACAACAAAUGGUUACCACCAAAUCAGUGCAACAAGAUUAUUAUACAUUUUUGACACGGCAAGUUUGAUUGCAGUAAAAAAAAAAAAAAACAAUAUUCAGAGUAGACCAAUGUCCUCAGAAGAGUGCAUGGUUAUUACUGUACGCACUCUAGCUGUGGUUAAUAGAAGUUGAAUGUCUAUAUUCCAAAGCUAUAAUAUACAGACGGUGUCCAAAGCACAGGUUGCCCCUAUUCAGUGUUAAAGAUAGGUGCCAAUCUAAUAUCACAGAAGAAUAGCCCUUUCCACCUUAAAACAUAUUUUCUGAAGGAUUCUUGCUCUUAUCUCUGACAGAAAGUCUCCAAUGGUGUGUUUCCCAAAUCCAUGGUUGCUGAUUAAGUUAGGUAAUAUGUUGGUUGCAGUACAAUUGAGCGAAUGAAGCAUUGUGGACAGCACUCUUCAGAUUUUUCUUUGUGUAAUUCGACUAUGAACGUUUCGGGCAGAGCCCUUCUUCAGUAUGUAAUGGUGAGGAUUACAACGUUAGUAGGCGAAUAAACAGAGACAAAUCAGAAUAGUGCUGCCCUUCGCUUCAUUCACUCAUCUAUGUUUAAUGUGGGAUUCAGCACCCAGUUAAAACCGUUUUAGUCAUUGGGUGACAGUGUGAGAGUUAUUGGUUAGAAAUUAUGGUUGGGACUGGCUAGCAAUUAUGGUGUUGGCGGGGAAAAGCCGAGGGACUCUCACAAAGUCAAGUUGACUAGAUUUUACUGGACGUACUUUCUUGGAAAGAAAAGAUGCUUUCAUGCUUGGUUGGAUUCUGCCACAUGGACCACUUGAUAUAGCUUCGAAACCAACAAACAUCUCACCAUUUACUAUAGUCAAGUCAAGUCAAGUAGGUUACUAUAGAAUGCAGUGAAUAUGACUAUGCACUGAAAAAAAGGUUUUGCUCAGCUCAGCAUUUUUCGCCACUAUUGACAUGCUUUGCAUUCUGGGAUUGUUGAACCCUGAGCAGGUUCAGCCUGUAAUUGACUUUGGACCGCACGCAGGGAACCAAAAUAUACUAUAACCUAGCCUUACCUGUACCUCAGCUGCAGCACAUGGGAAGCCUGGAGGCCUUGCUUGUGAAUAGGUGAAGAGUCUGGCGAUGAAUCCCAAACUCGUCUUUGCUUAUUAAUUAAUAUGUCGGUUGUGUUCAAAUAACUCUUUGAACAGAUGUAGGUGUUUUUAUUUGUUUUUUUUUUUCUUUUUGAAGCAAAAUAUUCUGAAAUGCACUCAUAAUCUUAAGACUUGUGUACUUGGUUAUGUGUAUGUGAAGAUGUACGGAAGAAAAAAUGCCAGACGACAAAGACGGGGUUGGUCCGUUUCAUGAGCUAAUGAAAGACUAACUUUGUCUCAGUGUUUCAGUCUUGUACCAUCAGCCAUCUAAUGUCUUAAUGUCUCUGAGCUUUUUUGCUUGGCUUUUGGACCAAUGCCCCUUAUUUGGCCAAAAAACAAAAGAAAAUGUGGAAAAGAAAUGCUGUUGUCUUCCAAGAAGAUGGUGAAAAGGUGAUACAAUGAGUCAAAAUAAAAUAAUUAAAAAAGUGUA